CUACGUUUCUUACCUAUUUAAGAACUAUUUAAAAAAAUUUGAUAAGUCGGAAUUUUAUUUUUGUUGGAAAUUAAUGGCUCGAUACUUUUGCCAAAUUUGUAGCAGAGUACUGACUUACGGUGAGCAUAAUCCUUGCGUAUUUUAUAAGAAUGAUGACAACGUGUAUUCACUGCCAACGACAGGAAAUUCAGAUGAAGAUAAUGAAGAAGCCAAAGACAAAUGUACGGAAAAUUCUAAUGAGAAUUCUUUGUAUUUAAGUCAGUCUUUGCAAAAAAAGGAAAAUAAAGAAUCUGAGCUGAUUAAUUUAUCGCUGUAUCAACAUAAUGAAGAAUUUAAGCCGCUUCCUCCAAAAGUAAACAAGUGCAGGAUUUCUGCAGAGUGCUCCGACAAUGCACAACUAAGUGAUCCUUGUAAUAUGUCUUAUUUUAAUUCCAUUUCAGAUGCUCAGGCGACGGAAGUUCAAGGCAAAGAAAACACAUCUUUUACAGCUUCUUCAGAAAACAUUGAAUCUGCUCAUAGACCUGAAAUCGUCCAUCGUGAAGCUUAUGAAGAAAGGACAAUUUUAGCCGGAUCAAGUGUUUUUCAAAUACAAAAUCAAAGUGCAUCAGGUGUAUCAGACCUGUUCUAUGCAACAACUGAUGAAGAAUAUAAAACGUUUCUUGAAAAUAGCAAAUGGCAAUCUUUGAAUUACGAUAAAAAAUUUUUUAUUGAUUCUCUAGAAUGUGUCGUCAAAACAGGUCAUUCAGAAAGUAAAAAUAUUUCUGGAAAUGAAAAUUUGAUUUUGAGGAAUAAGUCAGAGAGUGUAAAUCAUAAAAAUAUUUCACUUGAAAUGCAUUCUCAAGGUCACAAUAAUAAGAAGAAAAUAAGUACCGACUUGAAAGAACCUAUCUCUACCAAGGAGGAUGACAAUGCUGUGGCUGGUCCUUCCGGAUUCUGUUCUGGUAAGAAGAAAUUUCCUAAAGACUUCAGUAAGAAAGAUACUCCUAAAACGAAUUAUCGAACACACAGUAGCGAGAAGCGCGAUAUAUGCAAGAAGCAGUUCUCUCAAAAGUCAGGUCUAAACCUACAUUACAUAACCCACACGAGCAAAACGUCUUAUGCAUGUGAUGUAUGCGGAAAAGAAUUUACUCAGAAAACAGAUCGCGACAGACAUCAUCGAACCCAUACCGGUGAGAGACCUUUCGUGUGCUAUGUCUGCAAUAAAGCUUUUGCUCUAAAGUUUAAUCUUAAGAAUCAUGUUAGGACUCACACUGGCGAAAAGCCUUUUGUAUGUGAUGUUUGUAAUAAAGCUUUCGCUCUAAAGGGUCAUCUUAAAACACAUGCUCGUACCCACACUGGAGAAAAGCCUUACAAGUGUCCAUUUUGUGGAAAAGCUUUCACGACCAGCAGCGGUUGUAAUAGGCAUCAGAGGAGCGCGCAUAAGUGAAAUAAACUUGUAAACUACCGAAAUAAUUCUUUUAAUCUUGUAUGGAACUAUUUUACAUUCUUAGCCGAAUUGAAACAAUUUUAAUAUGUGAGGACACACGGGGGAGAAAAACCUUAUUAAUGUCCAGAUUGUGAAAUGACAUUCGCGCACAGCAGCGAUUGUAAAAAGCAUCACAGAAGACAGCAGGAGUGAAAGUAAUCAGCAAAUUACAGAAAUAAUUAUUUUACACUUCCAUGAUUUUUUUUUUACAUUCUUUAUCGAAAUUUUAUCGAAUUAAGGAAUUUUAAGUGCAAGUUGUUAUAGUUUUAUUUUUAAAUUUCCUGUAUGAAUUUUAUUCCUUUGACGAAGUAUAUUUACUGAUACAGAACUCAUAAGCUUAUUGUAUUUUACUAAUAAUUGACAAGGAAAAUAUAUUUUCAGUUCAAAUGCAUUUAUAUCUGUGUGUAUGAAUAUUGCUUAUAUUUUUCAAAUCCUAAUAAAAAUUUUAACACAUUUAUAUUAAAAAUUCAUUUUAUCCUCUCUUCAAAUAAUAUUAUUUUGGUUUUGAU